GUGGCUAGAGUUGACUAUCCUGUGUUUUGAGUAUUUCGAUGGCACGAAGAAAAACAGAUAAUAUUUUCAUAUACCAUGUACCUGAUGUUUGAAAUAAUUGUUCUACAUAGUUGUUAGGUUAUAAAAAAUUUAUCGUUAUAAUGAAACACAAAAAAUAAUGUGUAACUCUUACGAGUAAUAAUGUAGGCCUUAGUUUUGACGGGGCAUUUAAUGGCUGGUAUUAAUUGGUAUGCUGGAUAUCCGAUAAGUCAGUCCUGCAUGACUAAGCCAGUACCCCUGUGUGGCUUAAGCAACCUCCAGCUAAGGUUUUUGUGCCCGUCUGACUUAGAGGAGGUACGGGCUUUAUGUCAAGAUUGGUUUCCUAUCGACUACCCAUACUCAUGGUAUGAAGACAUCACUUCCAAUCCUCGAUUUUAUUCACUUGCUGCUGUUUACAAUGGAAUUAUCAUUGGCUUAAUAGUUGCAGAAAUAAAGUCAUAUUUCAAACUUAACAGCGAGGACCGAGGCAUCCUUUCGCAGUCGUUCAGCAAGCAGGCAGAGGUGGGCUACAUCCUGAGCCUGGGCGUGAGCAAGGAGCAUCGUCGCAAUGGCAUCGCCUCGCUGUUGCUCGACAACCUCAUCGCGCACCUCACGGCCGUGGAGCGCGCCGACUGCAAGGCCCUGUUCCUGCACGUGCUCACCACCAACUCUGCCGCCAUCCACUUCUACGAGCACCGCAACUUCAGGUUACAUUCCUUCCUGCCAUAUUACUACUCAAUCAAAGGAAAAUGCAAAGAUGGCUUCACCUACGUGCUAUACAUCAAUGGAGGCCACCCACCGUGGGGCAUAUAUGACUACCUGAAGCACUACUGCGGGGUGGCGUACCGCGCGGACCCCUGCUCCAUGCCCGCGUGGCUGUGGCGCAAGCUGCAGGCUGCGAUGCACUGGGUGUGGCCCGGCAUGCGGCGCAUAGCGGUGCACAACACCAGCGCCGUCGUCUCCUACUGCAGUUAGCGACCCCCGGGGCCUAUCGCCGUUCUCACGAUCAUAGUGCUGCGUUUUGUGCUGUCGCGUCACGGACAAACAGCCAAACACCUGCGUUAAGAUAUGAACUGUUUCACACAGCAGUUACACAGAGUUUAAAUUUUAUUUAUAUCUUGUUAUGCCCUAGAAUCCCAGUUUUUCCGUGCUCUUUAGAUUUUUCUAAAGAGAGAAUCGUGGUAAAUCUGUAAAAAAAAAAAAAAAUAAA